AUGAGGCAACAGGCCGGCCACCCGGGAGAGCCUGGCCAGCCGUGGGCGAGCAGAGGACGGCGGAGGGCAGGAGGGGAAGGCGGGAUGCGAACGAAGACGGUGAGCGAGUGGCCUGCUCAUGCACACGCACUGCAACUCGCAUCGUCCACUGGCCGAUCGUCUCUGGCAACGAACGAAGGAGGUGAAGCUGCAGCUGCAGCGUGCGUGUGCAGCAGGCAGGCAGGCAGAUGUCUGGUCCCGCCAAUGCCAGCCCGGGGCCGCCCUUCUUCCGACACGGGCCAGGCAGACAUGGCCGAUUCUGAUUUGCCCAUCUGGGGGAGUGCGUUGCAGAGGCAGCCUCGCUUGCAGACAGAAAGACCGGGCGUCGGGUCCGUCCUCUUGUGA